AUGGGUAGAGUCAUUCGUAACCAAAGAAAGGGUGCUGGUUCCAUCUUCACCUCACACACCAGAUUGAGAAAAGGUGCCGCCAAAUUGAGAACCUUGGAUUACGCCGAACGUCAUGGAUACAUCCGUGGUGUCGUCAAGCAAAUCAUCCACGAUCCAGGUAGAGGUGCCCCAUUAGCCAAGGUUGCUUUCCGUGACCCAUACAGAUACAAGUUGAGAGAAGAAACCUUCAUUGCUAACGAAGGUGUUUACACUGGUCAAUUUGUCUACGCCGGUAAGAAGGCUUCAUUGAAUGUUGGUAACAUUUUGCCAUUGGGAUCUUGUCCAGAAGGUACUAUCGUUUCAAACGUUGAAGAAAAAGUUGGUGACAGAGGUGCUUUAGGUAGAACUUCUGGUAACUAUGUUAUCAUUAUCGGACACAACCCAGACGAAAACAAGACCAGAGUAAAAUUGCCAUCCGGUGCUAAGAAGAUCAUUUCUUCAGACGCCAGAGGUGUCAUUGGUGUUGUUGCUGGUGGUGGUAGAAUCGAUAAACCAUUAUUGAAAGCCGGUAGAGCCUUCCACAAAUACAAGGUCAAGAGAAACUCAUGGCCAAAGACCAGAGGUGUUGCCAUGAACCCAGUUGAUCACCCUCAUGGUGGUGGUAACCAUCAACAUAUUGGUAAAGCUUCUACUAUCUCUAGAGGUGCUGUUUCAGGUCAAAAAGCAGGUUUGAUUGCUGCUAGAAGAACUGGUUUGUUACGUGGUACUCAAAAAACCGCUGAUUAA